AGGUUAUGUUGAUUUUUGAGAUAAGUAUAGUUUGAAUAUUCACAUUCUAUUAAAAUUGUAAAAAAAACGGUUGAAUAAAACAAUGGUACGUUUUUAAUAAUGUUAAAUUAUUUAUUAUGAAGAAAAUGUUUUGGAAUCUAUAUCUUUGGAAUAAAAUAUCUAUCUAUAAUUGAAGGUAUCUCAAAUUACAAGGUAAUGGCUGAAGCCACAAUAAAAGAGGGGUUUUUGUGUCCUAUAUGUCACAAAGAUUUACGUUCUCCUAAUAAUUUAAUAGCGCAUUUUCAAGAUUUGCAUUCCGAAGAGCAGGACAUUCUAAAAUCAAUUAAAGAUAUUUAUGGUAUAGCUAAGAAGAAAAUACUGAAAAUCGAUGACAAAGAUCUUGAAUUAUUUAAAAAAGAAAUAACAUUGGAAAAAUACUACUUAGAGUACAGCGAACCUCAAGAACCAGGUCCAGCUAAAUCGCAUACGGAUUAUUUUAAGGCAAUUAGAAGAGAGAGACUGGAUCACAGGACAACAGAGACAAAUAAAUUAGUAAUCAGAUUAGACAGACUGUUAAGAUUUUAUGGGUCCGAUAGAAAACAGCAGGAGCAGGAACUUGUGGCUUGGUUAGACGGAUCUACUGUUAACAGGUGCCCAUCAUGCGCAUCUGUAUUUAAUAUUACCAGAAGGCAACACCAUUGUAGAUUGUGUGGUAGUAUUAUGUGCAAUUCAUGCUCGUAUUUCCUUCCAUAUGAAACGGCACAAACAAUAGUGGCCCCUGUGACCAGUUUAAAUAAUCAAGAACAGGGUGCCGCGAAGGAAUCAGAUAGUCUACGAAUUUGUAACCAUUGCUUGGACAUGUUGGAGUGUAGGAGGCGUGUUCAAAUUGAGCAAAUGAUUCAGCCAAUUAUUUGCCAGUUAUACUCGCACUUGCAGAAAAAUAAAUUUCAAAUUCAAAAUUCAGUUGAUAUGUACAAUAAGAUGUACACUUCGCUGGUAUCUGGUGAAACCACUUAUUUGUUACAAGACUUGCAGUCCUUAAGAACCACAAUAGCAGAUAAAGCCCAAAUGAUAGACACCUUAAGUAAAAAAAUCGCUUCCUUACCCGUGGAUCCUGAAACGCCAAAAGCUGUGGCCUUACAGAAUAGUAUUAGAAAGGCAACUUCUAUUUACAUAAAAGACUAUCUAUUAACGCUCCCUGCCCCUCCGACAGUUCAUGAAUUGGAGAAGUUCAAAAAGAACUACUUAAUGAAAGCUGUUGACGACGACAUUAUGCCUACUCCAAAAACCAGCAUCAAGAAAGUUACUGUGACAACAGGGUGGUCACCGGCUAAUGUUACUAAUGACAGUAUAGUGGUUGAGGACGAUGAUCCCCUUUUAGAACAAAUGAAUAUCGUCCGGAAUUAUAUCGAUCAGGCGAGAAAGGCGCAACGUUUUGAGGAAGUCGCUUCGCUACAAGAGAACUUGGAGAUGUUGAAGAAAAUGUAUAGACAACAACAGGCAAAGCCGAAUACCGAUAAGUAAUUUUUGUUUUAAUUUUAAUCAGAGGUUACGAUUUGUUUUAGCUUUAUAUAUUCAGGAUGGCUGUCAAUUUAAAAUUUGCCAGUUAUAUAAGUACAUUUCAUUUAUCUCUCUCUUUAUGUUAUACCAAAUCUGUAUUUAUAUUUUAUAUGUUGUUUAUAUUAUAU